GCGGACGGCCCGCGGCGAGGUGAACAGAGAAAGACCUCUUGGGGCAGAAUGGACCGGUCUGAAGUUGCAAGCUAUUAAACAGCAUUUCAUAGGUUCCUUUUAUACAAGCGAUGUCUCACAUCAUAUGUCUGUUCUGAGAUUUGAGUUGGAGUUGAGAGUCUGGGGCACCUCCGCAGCUUUGAACUUUCCAGGUGUCAUCAGCUCAUCUUUUUGAAGAGUUCUCCAUUUUGCCAGUCACCUCUUGUAACUGUGUGCCAAAGGAAACCACCGGUCCUGCCAACUCCUGUCAAAUUAGUUGAAGGACUCCAUGAAAGAUGACAGAAGAAGUCAUUGUUAUAGCCAAGUGGGACUACACCGCCCAGCAGGAGCAGGAGCUUGACAUCAAGAAGAACGAGCGCUUGUGGCUGCUAGAUGACUCCAAGACGUGGUGGCGGGUGAGAAAUGCAGCCAACAGGACGGGCUACGUGCCUUCCAACUACGUAGAACGCAAGAACAGCCUGAAGAAAGGCUCCCUGGUGAAGAACCUCAAGGAUACACUGGGCCUGGGCAAGACUCGCCGGAAGCCGAGCGCUCGGGAUGCGUCUCCAACGCCCAGUACGGAUGCUGAGUACCCCGCCAAUGGCAGCGGCGCUGACCGCAUCUAUGACCUCAACAUCCCGGCCUUCGUGAAGUUCGCCUACGUGGCCGAGCGGGAGGAUGAGCUGUCCCUGGUGAAGGGCUCGCGCGUCACGGUCAUGGAGAAGUGCAGCGACGGCUGGUGGCGCGGGAGCUUCAACGGGCAGGUGGGCUGGUUUCCCUCCAACUACGUGCUGGAGGAGGCGGACGAAGCAGCGGCCGAGGCCCCCAGCUUCCUGAGCCUGCGUCGGGGCGCCACGCUGAGCAACGGGCAGGGUGCGCGUGUGUUGCACGUGGUGCAGACGCUGUACCCCUUCAGCUCGGUCACCGAGGAGGAGCUCAACUUUGACAAGGGGGAGACCAUGGAGGUGAUCGAAAAGCCCGAGAAUGACCCUGAGUGGUGGAAAUGCAAAAACGCCCGGGGCCAGGUGGGCCUUGUCCCCAAGAACUACGUGGUGGUCCUCAGCGACGGGCCAGCCCUGCACCCCGCUCACGCCCCGCAGAUCAGCUACACCGGGCCCUCGUCCAGCGGGCGCUUCGCGGGCCGCGAGUGGUACUACGGCAACGUGACGCGGCACCAGGCCGAGUGCGCGCUCAACGAGCGGGGCGUCGAGGGCGACUUCCUCAUUAGGGACAGCGAGUCCUCGCCCAGUGACUUCUCCGUGUCUCUCAAAGCGUCAGGGAAGAACAAGCAUUUCAAGGUGCAGCUCGUGGACAAUGUCUACUGCAUUGGGCAGCGGCGAUUCCACAGCAUGGAUGAGCUGGUAGAACACUACAAGAAGGCACCCAUCUUCACCAGCGAGCAUGGGGAGAAGCUCUACCUCGUCCGAGCCCUGCAGUGAGGGAGGCGCAGUGGCCUGCCUGUGCCCUGUCCACUGCGGCCUCGCUGCCACCUUCGCCUCCUAAAGUCCAGUGAUGUUGGCCACCUCUACCCAUCUGGCCUGGAUCACCUCCGCAGCCUGAGUCUGUCUUUCUGUUCAGCUCUGUUCAUAGCCCAUAGCUCCCCAAGACCCUCACAGCCACACCCAUGGUCACCACCUCCCAGCCACUUUCUGAUAGUGGGGGUCAGAAGGGGCACAGUUGUUCACGUUUUUUUUUUCAUUUGUCUUUUAUACACACAAACACACACAUUAAAAGACAGGCUUAUUCAGAAGGCAGCGAGGCUGUGAAUUUCGAAUGCACACAUGACCUGAGAAGCUGUGUCUGUUGGUGCUUAGAGCUCCCCGUAGGCCAUGCUGGGCCCAGCCAGCAGUCUGUGUCUUGGGGCCUGUGCCCUGAUGUGGUAUCCAGGCUCUGCGGGAUUCAGUGCAUGUGUGGUGCAGAUAGCAAUACUGGAACCCUUGGGGAGGUGGCAGUGAGGGGACUGCCCAGUGCCUUUGAGGCUGUGCUUGCAAUAAAAAAGAGGGUUUUUGUAAAAGUCAGUCUGCAAGAGGGAGCCAGUGACGCAGAAUGAUAGAUGCUUUGGUAAUUUACCCCCAGAUGUGCCAUCCACAUAGUGCUUUUUUUCCCUCUUGCCCUUCAGCUUGUUUGAAUUUUCCAAUUACGUAUUUAAUUCUCAAAGUAAUAUGAAUCUGUAGCUAUUUGUUGACACUAAUGACAGGUGACUAAGGAAAACAGCUGAUCUUUGGGGAAGGGUGCUACCAAUACUUUAUAUAUACACACACACACUAUAUAUAUAUAUAUAUAUGUAUAUAUAUAUAUAUAUAUAUAUAUAUAUAUAUAUAUAUAUAUAUACAUAUACAUAUAUAUGUAGAUAUAUAUAUAUAUGAAAUUUGCUUUACAGGGAAAUUUUUUUCAGGGUUCAUAAAAGCAUAUGUGAUUGGUAGUAACAGACAUAGAAUGUUGAAGAAAUUGCAUUUUUCUUUCUUUACAUUUGAAUUUCUUUAUAGUUUGACUAUACAGUCUUGAGAUGGCACAUUCCUACAGUUGAAGAAGGGUCUUGAGAUCCCCUAAACUUGCAUACCCAGUUUUUUGAAUAUUGUAAUAAAAAAAAAGCAUAUGACAA